UAGUUUUGGUUUCAUUUUUCCAAUGAAUUUUUCUUUUUGAAAAGGUGUUCAAGCACUAUGAGAGCACAUAAUCUGACAAGAGUCUCAGAAUUCCAUCUCCUGGGCUUCUCAGAGGACCCAGACCUGCAGCCCGUCCUCUUCGGACUGUUCCUAUUCAUGUACCUGGUCACAGUGCUUGGGAACCUGCUCAUCAUCCUGGCCGUCAGCUCUGACUCCCACCUCCACACCCCCAUGUACUUCUUCCUCUCCAACCCCUCCUUGGCUGACAUCUCUUUCACCUCCUCUACAGUCCCAAAGUUGAUUGUAGACAUCUUGACUCACAGUAGAGUCAUCUCCUUUGUGGGCUGCCUGACACAGUUGUCUCUGUUUCUCUUUUUUGGAUGUAUGGAUGACUUGCUACUGACUGUGAUGGCCUACGACCGCUUUGUGGCCAUCUGCCACCCGCUGCAUUACUCAACCAUUAUGAACCCUCCACGCUGUGUCUUGUUAGUUUCGUUCUCUGUCUUUUCUGGCCUUCUGGAUUCCCAGGUGAACAAUUUAAUUGUCUUAAAUGUUACCUGUUUCAAGAAUAUGCAAAUUGCUAGUUUCUUUUGUGACCCUUCUCGACUCCUUGACCUUUCAUGUUCUGAUACCCUAAUCAAAAACAUAGUCACGUACACAAUUGGCAUCCUAUUUGGUUUUUUUCCCAUGUCCGGGAUCAUUUUCUCCUACUAUAAAAUUGUUUCUGCCCUUCUGAAAAUCCCAUCAUCUGGGGGGAGGUACAAAGCCUUUUCUACCUGUGGUUCUCAUCUGUCAGUUGUUUGCUUAUUUUACGGAACAGGUAUUGGAACGUAUCUUGGUUCAAAUCCAUCACAUUCUCCCAGGAAGGGCAUGGUGGCCUCCCUGAUGUACGCUGUGGUCAACCCGAUGCUGAAUCCCUUCAUCUACAGCCUGAGGAACAGGGACAUUCUUAACACCCUAAAGAGGCUCCGCGGUUGA